AUGGACGCUCUCGAACAAACACUCCGCACAAUCAUCAAACCCAUCACCCACAAUCUGCCUAAACCGAUCAGCGACCUCGGCGUCUCCUUGCUAGGGAACAAGUGCUAUGGCUCCCUCGCCCUCGAUGUCAAUAUCACAGACACCGAAUGCCUCAAGCUUGGUAUAUCAAAGGGUCUGGGCAUCGGGAUCGUGGCCGCCAGCUCCAUCGUCAAGAUCCCGCAACUGCUUAAACUCUUGAACUCCCAGUCUGCUGAGGGCGUGAGCUUCUUGUCCUACCUACUGGAGACGACGAGCUUCUUGAUCAGUCUGAUGUAUAACAUCCGGAAUGGCUUCCCGUUCUCGACGUAUGGCGAGGUGGUGUUGAUUGCGAUUCAGAAUGUGGUCAUUUCGGUUCUGGUCCUGCAAUAUUCGGGCAAGGGAGCUGCGGCGGCUGUCUUCGUGGCUGGGUUGGCUGCGGCGGGAUUUGCGCUGUAUAAUGAGAGUGUUGUGUCGAGGGAGAUGUUGCAGUAUUUGCAGGCUGGUGCUGGUGUGCUUGGGGUUGCGAGCAAGCUGCCGCAGAUCCUGGCUAUUGUGCAGCAAGGUGGGACGGGGCAGUUGAGUGCUUUUGCUGUGUUCAACUACCUCGCCGGCUCCCUCUCCCGCAUCUUCACCACCCUACAGGAGGUACCCGACAAGCUUAUACUUUACGGCUUCAUUGCUGGUUUCGUGCUCAAUGCUGUUUUGGCUGCCCAGAUGGUGUAUUACUGGAACAGUCCCAGGAGCAAGAACACCGAGCAGACGAAGCUCAAGCCUAGUGGGCAGAAAGCUGCGAGACAGGCUAUUGGCUUGGAUGGACAGAGCAGAGGGGCUGUCUCGUCUGGGAGUGAGAAGAAGAAGUCUUCGCCUAGUACUAGGAGGCGUGGCUGA